UAAAACCAAAUCGAGCCCGCAAGUUUGACUCCUCUUUCAACCUUUCUCGCUCUCUCUUCUUCUGAAAGUUCAGAAGAGAGGGAAAGAAAAGAAGCCGAGCUUUGCAGAGAAAAGGGUCUUCACCUUCGUGGUCCAUACAGGAGCUAUUUCUGCUCUGUGUUUCAAAUUGAAUAUGAAGUAUUCUUCACAAAUCUAGAUCCAAUGCCUGCCAUGAAAAUGAAGCCUAAAUCAAGCACUUCUGUAAAAGAAGUAAAUUGUCUCCAUGUUGCUCAGAAGUCAUGUAAAAACUCCAAGACUUCAGAUUCUCUAGUCCGAUUGUUUCAUGAAAUGGCAGAAUUGGAUUCAUCAAUUGAAAAUUGUGAAACUGGUUCUAGCAAAGUUGAAAUUUUUGCCAUGGAAGAUGGAGGUAACGAAGUUAUUCAGAAAAUGUUUCAUGAUGGAGAAUUUCUCUCAUGCCAAAAACAAUUUUCAUGUGCUGAAGAUACUAUUUCCGUAAAAAUAAUGGAUUUUCCACAUUUUGCAUGUUCCAUAAAUUCGGAAGCAAUAUUCUCUCCUCUUAUUGAUGGCAGUGGCAUUCAACUCAAGUCAAGUGCUCAGGAUCAUGAAGGGUGUGAAGAUGGUACCACUGUUCCAGAAAUGACAGCUGGUGACUUUGUUAGUUGCAGCAGUUUUUCAUAUAGUUGUCAAAAUUCUAAUGCUUCAGAUUCCUAUAUCUCUGACAUGAGUGUUCCAGUAUCAGUUGAAGGGAUUGGUGAAUUAGAUUAUAUUCUAACUGAGGACCUAUUAACCGAGCCAGAUUAUGUUGGGCAAAAUUUGAUGCUUGAUAUGACUGAGGAAUGUAUGAAGUUGCCUGCCCUUGAGGAGGAACCAAUAGAGAAAAAGAAUAUUCAUUUUUCUGGAUCCUAUGAAGAGCUUCCUAAGACCUCUGGAUAUUCAUGGUUCCAUAGCCAGCAGAUAAGAUUCAAUGAUCAUGAGCUUGAUGUUAAAUCUAACUCUGUUGAUAUAAAUGAAGAAGAUUUUGAUCCACAAUUGUUCAUUAGAAACUUCCUGGACUUCUCUGACGUGGAGGCUGACUUGUUGCCAGUAUUGGUCCCUGAGGAGACCAGCAGUAGGAAACCUGUAACCUUAGUUCUUGAUUUGGAUGAGACACUCGUCCACUCCACCAUGGAACCUUGUAGUAAUGCAGACUUCACUUUUCAAGUUUCCUUUGACAUGAAAGACCACACUGUGUAUGUAAGACAAAGACCCUUCCUCCGGACAUUUUUGGAGAGAGUGGCAGAGAUGUUUGAAGUCGUCAUUUUUACCGCCAGCCAAAGCAUUUAUGCUGAGCAGGUGCUGGAUAUACUGGAUCCUGAAAAAAAGUAUAUAGCUCGACGACUCUUUAGAGAAUCAUGCAUAUUUUCUGAUGGUAGCUACACAAAGGAUCUGACAGCUGUAGGAGUUGACCUUUCAAAAAUAGCUAUAAUUGACAAUUCUCCACAGGUGUAUCGGUUGCAAGUGAAUAACGGUAUUCCAAUAGAAAGUUGGUUUGAUGAUCCAUCAGACUCUGCACUAAUUUCUUUAAUUCCCUUUUUAGAGACUUUGGCAAAUGUGGAUGAUGUUCGUCCGAUCAUAGCUAAAACAUUCGGCAUGAAGGAAUAGUUUUUUGUCGUUUAAUCAUUCAUUAACCAAAAGAGAAAUAUUAUGUGCACUUAUAAUGAGUAACAAUUUGAGUACCAAUAACGAUGUGUUGUCAUAUAAUUGAGUGUUACUUUAUCUUUAAUUCAAAAUUAUCUUAUUACAUCGUGACACAUCAUCAAUAGUACUCAAAUUGGUACUCACUAUAAGUAUACAUAGUUUUAUUGUAACAAAAAACAACCAUCUAUCCUCCACUUUGUGGAAAUGACCACAAACUUGGAUUCAAUCAUUUCUGGUGAGUUUCUCCUGCUGCCAGAGCCAGUCGUUAAUUAUAGUAAAUGUACAGCUAGGGUUGCAGAUUUAGUUAAAUUAGUGUUCUUUCCACUUCCUAGGUGUUUUCUUCAUAGAUAUGGCCAAGUCAAAAGUUAUAGUUGCUGAAAGACUAGAGUGUAUUUCUUUUCAAAAUAUGGAUUAUAUGUGUGUUCGAGCUAGAGUUGUUUAUAUAUAUACAAUUCUACGGUGAACUAGAAUCAUUUUCUGCAGUCUUUUACAUAAUUAGGUGCAGUCUUCCAAAUGAUAAGAAAGAAAUAGCUAUAUUGUUUAGGUUAUUUUGUUAUUGAAAGAAUUCUCAUGUAGAUUGAUAACAUCCAAUUUGUGGGAUACCCUGUACUGGAGAUACUUAAAAGUCUUGAUGUAAACUUAGUUGAAGCCUUGUGAGUUAUGAAGCUUUUGAAUGUACUUUAUGUGUUCAGUUGUGGAAAUAAUCAAGGGUUUUCCAUGUACGUUUAUGAUGAA